CUGUGUGUGCUCUGGUAUUAUUCAUGCUGAAGUGUCCUGAAAGUGAACCCACAUCCUGCUCUCCCCGCCCUGGAAGAAAGAGCCACCAGUGUGAGAAAUUAUAAUGUUGGAAUUAUGCUGACCUCUGGUGGCCAUAUAUGGACAAAAGAAAAGAAUCUGGAGACAGAGCAACGCCUUCCCAUGUCCGCACGCUUCAGUCAUGUGUUUAGAACUGGAUCAUUCACACUCAGUGUGUGGGAGAAAAUGGAUAAGCGUGAUUGUAGCCUACGCACCCUGCCAAAUGUUUAGUUUGCGAAAGAGUGCGAUGCGCUUCCUUGAAACACGUCAGUCCUGUUUGUUUUUUAGGUUUCGUUUUGAGGAGUUCCUCUACUUCCUAUUUCGACUUCCCUCGUGGCGGAGCGUGAUGCGAUGUCCAAACAUCGUGGCUCUCAUUUUUCAGAAGCGCAGCGUUUUGCCAUUUUGCUGCUGUUUUGUUUAUAUGAUCAUGGAGGGUCUUUUCCCCUGAGACGCCGCUGAGGGGCCAUCAGAAGCGCCUUGUCAUCCAGUGGCAUGCGGAAUCAAGAAGCGAUACACUACUAAAUUAUUAUACGAUUAUACGUCAAUAUUUGGCUGUUUCACGAUUGAUUAGAUUAGAUGUCUUCCUAAGCAAGGAUUCUCCAUCUUCAUAAAGGUUAAACUGUUGUUUGUAACGGUUAAAAACAAAGUUGUGGAAAGGGUUUUUUUGUUUUUAAACCACAGAUGCUUCUCAUUAAAUGAGUCAGACUGAGUAAACUUCAGACCACAAAAACGUAGAGGAGCAUGCUGACGUAAAUAAAAAUGUGAAUAUUGAUGUUGUGACAGGUCGAUUUAAGUAUUGAGUGGUCAGUCACGUUGUUUAUUAAUACCGAAGCAGAUAAACUUUAAGAAAAUGCGCAUCCUUAAACGGGAUCUUUGCCGGCGUGCUGAGUGCGUUUUGUUAGGGCGACAAACAACACUUUGUCAUCUGCAAACACGCGUCACUGUCCCUUUUCUCUGUAUUAACCUCCAUAUUAGUGACUCUCAUUUCCAUACUGCUCAGUAUUUGAACAACACUGUAAUGGUAUUGUGUUUAUUAUUCUCCAGACCCAACCCAUCACAUGAAAAUGGGAGGAGAAAAGGAGGGGAGGGGGGGCAUAAGAAGUUGAGUAGUUACAGACAAUCCAGCACACAGCGCUCAGGGCAAUAACAGAAAAACUUUCGUUUUCAACUUUACAUUCUUCUCUGGUGGUCUUUUUUUGUCACUUGUGACCCGUGUCGUGUUGUUUGCUGUCUGCGUUUCUUUUGUUUUACGGUGUUUCAUCCGACAUCGCACAGGACCAUUUCCAGGAAAUAGAGAGCCCACCCCCCCUCCUUUUCUCUGAGGGAAAGACGCAAUAAAGAUUUUUGAAGAUGGAUAAAGGAUAUCCACCACAGGAAUCCGCUCCACCAUACCCUGGGCCACCUAUAAACUAUGUGAGUGCACCUCCUCCUCCUCCGGGCAUGUAUCCUCAGCCUGGGAUGUAUCCUCAACCGGGCCCCUCAGCACCUCCACCUGCUGUAUACCAAGGUGCCCCUUAUGCUCCAGUCCCGGCUGCACCUAUCAUGACAGGUGUCUCUUAUGCUCCGCCCCUGGCUGUACCUACCACAACAGUGUGUCUUAUCCCUCCAGUGACUCGCGUGGUGGUAACACCUGUACUACGUGACGUCCCAGGACAAACUGUGUGUCCCCACUGCCACCAGUCAGUGAUCACCAAGACAGAGCACACAGCAGGUCUGUUGGCCUGGGGCAUCUGUGCUGGACUCGCCUUCUUUGGGUUUUUUCUUUGUUGUUGUAUCCCAUUCUGCAUUGAUUCCUGUCAGGACGUAGAGCAUCGCUGUCCGUGCUGCCGCAGACUCAUCUACGUCUACAAGCGAUUGUGAAACCGUCCUCACUGUGACUGGGGAAGAAUAAUGCUCAUUUGUAGUCUAUUAAUAGCCUUACUUGCUCUACAACAAUCUUUUGAUACUGAACAAUAUAACGCAAAUUGUGCUUAUUCAAACGAGGCAUUACACUCUGGGCAGUUUUAUUAAGCAUCAGUGUAACAUUUUUAUUUGAUUAAAGGGAUAUAAGCCAACAAACACACCAAUAA